AUGUUCUUACUGAUUGCUUUAAAAUAUGUGGAAAGUGAACGUAGUUUUGAAAUUGAUAAUAACUUCUUAAGUUCUCAAACAUUGCCAACCUUAAGACAAACUCAAAAUACAUUUAUACAAUGGGUGCUAUCUCUUUUACCACAAAGACCUGCAUCAGCAAAUGCCACUCCAACAAUUACAACAACAGCAGCAACACUUGGAACAAGCACAACUACACCAAAUCCACCCUCUUCAACUAAAUCACCGGAGCCCACAACAACUACAGCGAAACCCAGUACUACUACAAUUAGUACUUCAACCACAGCUGCACCAAUAGUGGUUAGUUCCACAAGUGCAACAACUACUACUGCUACACCCAGUUCAACAAUUGCAACAACAACAACAACACCAGCACCUGUUGUACUAAAUCCACCAAGAAAUUGUACUGAUUGUGUUUGUGGUGUUGCGAAUACACAGAAACGCAUAGUAGGUGGUCAAGAAACCGAAAUACAUCAAUAUCCUUGGAUGGCUAUGUUAUUGUAUGGUGGUCGUUUUUAUUGCGCUGCAUCCUUAAUUAAUGAUCAGUACCUUAUCAGUGCUUCACAUUGUGUCUAUGGAUUCCGUAAGGAACGCAUCAGUGUACGUUUACUUGAACAUGAUCGUAAGAUGUCACAUUUUCAGAAGAUCGAUCGCAAUAUUUCAGAAAUUAUAACACAUCCUAAAUACAGUUCUCGCACAUAUGAUAAUGAUAUAGCUAUUAUUAAACUCGAUACACCAGUAGAAAUAACAGAACUUUUACAUCCAGUUUGUAUGCCUACACCGGGCAAAUCAUUUAAAGGUGAAACUGCUAUAGUAGCUGGUUGGGGUGCACUUAAAGUUGGUGGUCCUACGUCAGAUACUUUACAAGAAGUUAUGGUACCAAUAAUGUCUCAGGACGAUUGCCGUAAAAGUCGUUAUGGAUCAACACGGAUCACAGACAAUAUGCUAUGUGCUGGCUUUGAAGCUGGUCAAAAGGAUUCUUGCCAAGGUGAUAGUGGUGGACCAUUACACAUAGUAGCAUCAGGUACAAGGGAACAUCAACUGGCUGGCGUUGUGUCUUGGGGUGAAGGUUGUGCUAAACCAGGUUAUCCAGGCGUAUAUGCAAGGGUUAAUCGUUAUGGUACAUGGAUCAAAACAUUAACAAAAAAUGCCUGUCUCUGUCAUUCGGAGACGAAGAAAAUCAAGAAAAAAUAG